AAAACCCUUUCUUGAAACUCUCUCCAAAGAUCAGAGCUUUCAAACCCUUCUCUUGAGGCUCAAUGGCUAACGUUGUUAAUAACGACAGCGAGCGUAUCAACAUGGUCAGGCGAAGCAGCUUUCCUGAGGACUUCGUACUUGGUACAGCAUCUUCAGCUGACCAGUAUGAAGGUGAUGCUUUUAAGGAUGGUAAAGGGCCAAGUACAUGGGAUUCCUACACUCACAAACAUCCAGAGAGAAUUGUUGAUCACGAGAAUGGAGAUGUAGCUGUUGAUGAGUAUCAUCGCUAUAAGGAAGACGUUGCCCUCACGAAGAACAUAGGUUUUGGUGUUUAUCGAUUCUCAAUCGCAUGGUCAAGAAUUUUGCCGUUGGGAAAGCUUAGUGGGGGUGUGAACAAAGAUGGAAUAGAGUACUACAAUAAUCUCAUCGAUGAGCUGCUUGCAAAUGGGGCCUUCUUCUUCUUCUAUUCUUUAUUUAAUCUCAAUCAUUAUCUUAACCAAUAUGGAUAUAGAAGGGUCCAAUGCCUCGAUAUAACUCUGACAAACUGGUGGUUGGGAUGUCCCGAUUAUAUGAGUGACCAUGGGUCUAUUCUUGAUGACAUGAUCGAACGAGUUAUGAUGGCCAAUGACAUCCCGAGACUUGGAGUGACAUCAAGACAUGGUGGGAUUGUUUAUCAUGAUGCUAUGUGGGCCCUUUCCUUCAGUGGUGUUCGACAAGAGCCCAUUAGCAAGUGUUAG